CACGACAGACGUUCCUCGAACUGCGCAUGACAAAAUUUCCCUGCAAUUCAGCCGAAGGUUUCUUCAACCCUUACAGUAGGCGUCAAAUAAUUUGCUCCUAACAUGCAGCACACAUUAAGAAUGCAUGCUAUGUAUCCCGGGUCGCCAAGGCGCAGCUGCGUGGAGGUGCGGCGCAAUUGCAGCGGCCGCGUACGCGCUGCGUCCGAGGUCUCGCCUGGCAAGGCAGCGUCCACUGGGGGCCGAGUAAUAAACAAGGUGCCGGUGGCAAUUGGCAUGACACCACAGGUGUACGACUACAUGCUGGAGCACACGCGGGAACCGGAGGUGCUGCGGCGGCUGCGGGAGGAGACAGCGGAUGUACACGGGUCGCACAUGCAGAUUACGCCGGAGCAAGGUGCGCUGCUGGGCCUGCUGGUGGAGCUAGUGGGCGCAAAGCGGGUGGUGGAGGUGGGCGUAUUCACAGGGUACUCAUCCACUGCCAUGGCGCUGGCGCUGCCGGCCGACGGCAAGCUGGUGGCACUGGACCGGGAUGAGCGCCCCGUGGCCAUGGCACAGCGCUACUGGGGCCUCGCAGGAGUUGAAGAGCGAGUGGAGCUACGCGUGGGGCCCGCGGAAGAGUCCCUCCAGGCGCUUCUGGAGCGGGACGGACCCGGAUCCUAUGACAUGGCUUUCAUUGACGCGGACAAGCGGGCGUACGACUCGUACUAUGAGCUGUUGCUGCAGCUGGUGCGGCCGGGCGGCCUGAUCGCCAUUGAUAAUGUGCUGUUCUACGGCAAAGUGGCGGAUCCCCCGCCCGGCGACAAGGCAGCUCUAGCACUUCGCGACCUGAACGCCAAGCUGCUCGCGGACACACGCAUCAGCGUCAGCAUGGUGCCCAUUGGCGACGGCAUGACUCUCUGCAGGCGGCGGUAGCUACGCGAAGCUGUCUGAAGCUGUGUGAAGCAGAGUGUGUUCACUGUGUUGACGUAUGUAUCCAGUUUCUGUGAGCGCAGCCCUAGUGUGACCCCGGUCUCUUUGGUGCGGGCUAUGGCUGGGAAGGGGAAGCAUUUCGUUGGCCCGCUGAAACGCGAGCUAGUGUGGAUGGUGGCAUGGACACACGGCUGCGCUGUCGUCUGUGAGACGACCCUCACAGACAGUGGGCAGCGAAUGCACGUGGGUAGCAUCUAGUGGACGCAAGCACGCGCUGGUAGCCUCUCAAUGCGAGAAUGCACGACGCUUGGUGAUUUGCAACGCUUUGCUGCACCGUCUGGUGUGUCAAGACGACGGUGUCAGGACAGUAGGACACUUGAGGUGGCCAUGUCCACUCAGGCGGCGGCGGCUGUUGUUUGUUGGGAUUGGAUACUUGGGACUGGCCUCAGCGCAUGGCCAAUUGGCGGUGAUUGGCGUUAAUGAUACGU